GUCUCAACAGGACUAGCUAUUGAACAAUGGCAGGAAGUUGGUGUGUUGUUCAGUCUCUGGUGCUGUGUGUUUGGUGCUGUGCUUUCUGUCAUGCUGUUCCAAAGUGGAGUAACCUGCCCCAAAGUCCUCCAACUCUGAUGUUCCAGCAAACUGACCAGCGGUUUCAACAACCAGUUCAGCAACAAGCAAGUCAACAGUUUCCUCAGUCAGUUCAAUGGCAAGCUAAUCAACAGUAUCCUCAGUCUUUUCAACAGCAAGCUAGUCAGCAGUUUCCUCAGUCAGUUCAACAGCAAGCUAGUCAACAGUUUUCUCAGUCAGUUCAACAGCAAGCUAGUCAACAGUUUCCUCAGCAAUUUCAGCCUAAACAGCCAGUGGCACAUGCAGAGCCCCUUGAGAAAUGUACUGUAGCUGAUUAUGAGCAGAUCCAAUGUGGACCACCUGGUAUCAGUGGUGCUGAGUGUGCAGCUAUUAACUGCUGCUUUAACGGACAGCAGUGUUACUAUGGCAAGGCUGUGACCGUGCAGUGUAUAAGGGAUGGUCAGUUUGUGGUAGUGGUGGCUAGAGAUGUCACGCUGCCUCGUUUGAGCCUGGAUUCAGUCCGUCUCCUGGGUGGAAGUGAUCCCGCUUGCAGUCCUGUGGGAUCCACACCUUUCUUUGCUAUAUACCAGUUCCCUGUCACUGCGUGCGGCACGAGCAUGAUGGAGGACAGUGGAUAUCUGGUGUAUGAAAACAGAAUGACCUCCUCGUAUGAAGUGGGUCUCGGACCACUUGGUUCCAUCACAAGGGACAGCCAUUUUGAGCUUCUCUUCCAGUGUAGGUACUCUGGUACUUCUGUGGAAGCUCUGGUUGUGGAGGUCAACACUGUUCCUCCACCUGCUCCAGUAGCUGCUCCUGGACCCCUCAGGGUGGAGCUUAGACUAGCAAAUGGUCAGUGUGUCACCAAAGGCUGUGCAGAAGGGGACGAGGCGUACACUUCCUACUACAGUGAUGCUGAUUAUCCUGUUACAAAAGUCCUGCGGGAGCCUGUGUAUGUUGAGGUGCACAUUUUGGAGAGGAGUGACCCCAACAUUGUCCUGAUGCUUGGACAUUGUUGGGCGACAUCAACCCCUAGUCCACUCAGUCUACCCCAAUGGGACCUUCUGGUCGAUGGAUGCCCUUACCAGGAUGAUCGUUACCUGACCACAUUGGUUCCAGUGACUGGAUCAUCUGGUCUUCAGUUCCCAACACACUACAAGCGCUUUAUUGUGAAGAUGUUCACAUUUGUUGAUCCAUCAUCACUGGCUCCUCUGCAGGAAACCAUCUUCAUCCACUGUAGUACAGCAGUGUGCCAUCCCUCUUCUGGCUCCUGUGAGCAAAGCUGCACUAGGAGAAGAAGGGACACUCCCAUCAAGACCAUCUCUAGUGGGCAAACUGUGGUGUCUAGUGGAGAAGUUAACCUGGUCAUGUCAAUUUAAUUUUAAUAAAUUUGUAUUGAUUCUCAACAA